AUGGACGAGGAAACCAUUCGAGAAUUGCUCAGAUCUCAACAAGAACGACAGAACGAAGCCUUGAACGCCCAAUUCCUACAACAACAGCAGCAACAGCAACAAAACCAACAACGACAACCACAUCACCAACAUCACCAACAGCAGCAACAGCAGCAACAGCAGAACCAACAAAGAAGAGACAGCAUGCUUCAUCAACUUACCCAAGGACUGGGAACCUCAGCUGGUGUUUCGGCAGCAUCACUCUUGUCUCGUGCUCGAUCUCCCGUCGAGGCACCAUCGCCUGGGGCCACUGGCAUCGAUCUGCUCUCCAGUCCUCGAGCAUCAGGACUGUUUUCUUCCUUCACCCAAUCUUCCUUCACCCAAUCAGGCCCCUUUUCCUCUGCCAUGAGGGGAACAGGUAAUAAUCGACCCACGAAGACUGACAGUGAGCUCUCUUCCUUCGCCAUUAGUCAAGAGAUCAAGCGCCUUCAGCAACUCCAGCAGCAGCUUACGGGAGCCACAGCUCCUGCCAGUACAGCCAGGACGAAUCCCCUGUUGUACUCUAACCUGAGUGCUGCGCCAGCGCCAGCUGCCUCGUCGCUAGACCCAAACUCGGCUCUCUUGCAACAGUACCUCCUGCAAAGGCCACAGCUGCCUCAACUGGGCCAGGGAUCGUCCUCGGCUGCCUUUGGUGCACUCUUGAACACCAACUCCAGCAAUCUUCCGCCCAGAGCCGGUUUGAGCAACAUUCCCAACCAGUCCAUCCUUGAAAGUCAACUUCUGGAAGAAGCCCGCAUGAUUAUGAGACGUCAAAGUAUGCCUCCGUCCACCUUUGCAGCGGCGGCCAGUGCCAAAGCACCCGCUCCCUUUCCUUUCAUGCCGCCCAAUGCGUCCAAUCAGGCCGAGGGGAGCCGAAAGAUGAGAGGUGGGGUCAUUGAACCAUUUCCAGAAAAACUCCAUCGUCUCUUGCUCGAAGUGGAACUUUCCGGUCGCACGGAUGUCAUCUCAUUUGUCUCGGAAGGCCGUGCCUUUGCGAUCCACAAAAGCGAAGUGUUCUUUCGCGAAAUUGUGCCCCUGUACUUUCGUCAAAGUCGAUUGUCCUCCUUCAAGCGACAGCUCAACCUCUACGGCUUUGAGCUUAUCAAUACCGGCCCGUCCCGUGGCGCCUACUACCACGAACUCUUUCAAAGGGAUCAGCCCGACCUGUGUCGUCGCAUGCGACGAGUGGCGGUCAAGGUGUCCGCUGCUGCCGCCAGCAAAGCCAAGGACACAAAGUCAUCGACCUCGGACGAGGAAGAUUGCAGCAGUAGUGUGGAAAGUGAUGGCAAACUCGCAGCUGUGGCGGGGAACAAGACAGAGGGACAAGACAACACAGAAAAGAGUUCUUAG